AUGACAGCUGACACCAAUUUGCUAGUACUACCAUGGCGACUGUUGGAUUCAACUUCAUUUUACUCGUUAGUAGUACAGUACAUAUUACUCAAUCCGGUGGUAAGUACAAAUACGCAAAAAUGGGCAUUUACUCAGAUGGCUGCGCUCAUGAGCGAAGGAGAUAUGGCCAUGAAUCAUGUGCCUCCUGGACUUCCUGGAAAAGAAUGCGAUAGAAUGGGUGGAAAAUACAAACUCCCAGAAAAUCAAGAAUUUCGGGCGGCCGUAGUGAAUGCAGUAAAAAAAAUACGAACGACUAAGAAAAAUGAAAGCUUUUACGGAUGCAAUCUCGAGUUUUGGUCGAGGCUAUACUUGUACUCGCCGAAGGUCUACAAGGCUAUGGAACCAGCAAAAGUUUGGGUAGCGGGAAGAGCCGGUUUUAAGUAUCAAAUACCAGAUGCCGAAGAUGCUAUUGGAAGUAUCUUUGAG